CGGCCACCUGUGAGGGCACCUGGGGCUUUCCGUGUGAUGAGUGGAGCCAGAGCUCACCUGAGUCAUAGACGCCCAGGCCCAGCCCAGCUGUGGGUGGUGGUAAGGCCUUGGCCCAGGAGCAGGUGCAGCCCGGCCUGCUGUGCUCCCAGCUGCCUCACCGUCUGUCUCUUCUCCCCAGCAGACAGGAAGAAGGCCGCAGCAAUGCCCGACUCGCCAGCUGAAGUGAAGACGCAGCCCCGGUCCACACCCCCCAGCAUGCCUCCCCCACCGCCUGCCACAGCCCAGGGAGCCACACGACCACCUUCCUUCACACCUCACACACAUGGCGAGGACGGACCUGCGACAUCUCUGCCCCAUGGCCGUUUUCAUGGCUGCUUAAAGUGGUCUAUGGUCUGUCUCUUGAUGAACGGCAGCAGCCACUCACCCACGGCCAUCCAUGGCGCCCCAUCCACGCCCAAUGGCUUCAGCAACGGCCCGGCCACAUCAUCCACAGCCUCGCUGUCCACGCAGCACCUGCCCCCUGCCUGUGGGGCACGGCAGCUAAGCAAACUCAAGCGCUUCCUCACCACCCUGCAGCAGUUCGGCAGUGACAUCUCCCCCGAGAUCGGGGAGCGUGUGCGCACACUGGUGCUCGGGCUGGUGAACUCAACACUGACCAUCGAGGAGUUCCACUCCAAGCUCCAAGAGGCCACCAAUUUCCCGCUGAGGCCAUUUGUCAUUCCCUUCUUGAAGGCCAACCUGCCCUUGCUCCAGCGUGAGCUCCUGCACUGCGCCCGCCUGGCCAAGCAGACGCCUGCCCAGUACCUGGCCCAGCAUGAGCAGCUCCUUCUGGAUGCCAGUGCUGCCUCCCCUGUGGACUCCUCUGAGCUCCUGAUGGAAGUCAAUGAGAAUGGCAAGAGGAGGACGCCUGACAGGACCAAAGAGAACGGGUCAGACCGUGACCCACUGCACCCUGACCACCUCAGCAAGAGGCCCUGCACCCUGAGCCCCGCCCAGCGCUGCAGCCCCAGCAAUGGGCUGCCCCACCCCACGCCGUCCCCACACUACCGCCUCGAGGACAUGGCCAUGGUCCACCAUUUCCGAGACGCCUACCGACACCCUGACCCCCGGGAGCUACGGGAGCGCCACCGGCAGCUUGCGGUGCCUGGGUCGCGGCAGGAAGAAGUGAUUGACCACAGGCUUACAGAGCGCGAGUGGGCCGAGGAGUGGAAGCACCUCAACAACCUCCUGAAUUGCAUCAUGGACAUGGUGGAGAAGACUAGGCGGUCACUCACUGUGCUGCGCCGGUGCCAGGAGGCGGACCGCGAGGAGCUCAACCACUGGAUCCGGCGCUAUAGCGACGCUGAGGACAGCAAGAAGGGUCCCACACCCACCGCAACCCGGCCCCUCAACAGCUGUAGUGGUUCUGAGGGGUCUCAGAUAGAUGCCCACCGGGAGUUCAUGCCUAGGACCCUCUCUGGCUACAUGCCUGAGGAGAUCUGGAGGAAGGCCGAGGAAGCUGUGAAUGAGGUGAAGCGGCAGGCGAUGUCAGAGCUGCAGAAAGCCGUGUCCGAUGCAGAGCGCAAAGCCCAUGAGCUCAUCACCACAGAGCGCGCCAAGAUGGAGCGGGCCCUGGCAGAGGCCAAGCGGCAGGCCUCAGAGGAUGCCCUGACUGUCAUCAACCAGCAGGAGGACUCCAGUGAGAGCUGCUGGAACUGCGGGCGCAAGGCCAGUGAGACGUGCAGUGGCUGCAACGCAGCUCGCUACUGCGGGUCCUUCUGCCAGCACAAGGACUGGGAGAAGCACCACCACGUGUGUGGCCAGAGCCUGCAGGGCCCAGCAGCUGCAGUGGCUGACCCGCUGCCUGGCCAGCCCGAUGCCACCGCCAGCCCCAGUGAGGCCGGCUCUGCGGGACCCUCUCGCCCCUGCUCCCCUGGCCCACCCGGCCCGCUGGACACCACCGUGCCCCGCUGACCCCCACUAGACCCUGAUGCCCAGUCCAUGGAUGCCGGUGCCCCGCGGACCUACUGGCCCCAGCCCCGGCCUGCCACCCGCCUGGCCCUGUGGAGCCACGGCUGGAGCCUCUGCUGCUACUGCUUCUCUCCAAAAGAAAUCACAGAACCGACGCAAAUGCAUCCACGCAGCCUCCUCAGCUACCUGACAGUCCACGCCACGACCUCCAGCAGCCUCUGCAAGCAUCCCCGGAAAUGCCACCCCUGCAGACGGUGCAGCGCCCCGGAGGCGUGGCUGACUCUGCCCACUGUCUGUCCAUCCCUGUUUCUUUUUUUUUCUCUCUGUCUUUUCUGUCUCUCUCUGUGUCUCUUUCAUCUCUUUUUCUCUACCUAUUUCUUUCUCCUCCUCUCUCUCUCUCUCUCUCUCUCUCUCUCUCUCUGAUUUCCACACACUUUCCCUAUAAUGAAAAAAGUCUAAUUGGUGGCUUUUAUUUUCAGUGAAGAAUUUUGGAAUUUUGUUUUGUUAGCAAAAGAGCUACUCAAAAAUGGACAAAAAAGACUGUGGAAUUCUCCCCUAUCCUUACUGAAAAGGGAAAAGAAACUGAUUUCAUGGCCUGAGUCCUCAUUUCCUGCAUCUCCAGCCCACCCAGGGGGCUUGGAUGACAAGGCAGAGGCCGAGAGGAAGAUUUCAAUUUCCAACUUGAAGCAUUUUUGGUUUCAGGUUUUUGUUUUUUUUUACUUUGAUGUCAAACUCUUUGGCUUUAAGUAAAAAUCCAAAAAGUUUUUUUAAGACAAAACAAAAAGCAAAGGAAGCAUACCGUAAACUACCUUGCUAGCUAGCCAGCCAAGGAUACCAGACACACCUCUGCUCCAAAGGAGAUCCAAAAAAGCAAACACAAGAAAUCAAAAUCCAAAAGUUUUUGUCACUGCCAAAGCGUUUUUUCACUGGUUCUACUCCAUCUUGGGUUUGUUUAGAUGUUGGUCUUUUUUUAUUUUGGUGUUGGUUUUGUUUGGGGGUGUUGGGAUUUGGGGG